CAGACUCUUCAGGUAGUCAAAGUCCGGUUCGUGGCUCUGGAACGUGCUGUAGACAUUAUACUCCCCAGAGUCCCCUGUCUCCCACACCUCCUCUGUCUCCCCUUUAGGCUGUCCAGGGCAAAUAAGAGUCUCUGCCAGUGGGUGCUGACUGUGAGACAUGGUUACAGGAACAACAGGCCUUAUCACAGCUGGAGCCAUGAUGCAAUGAGUCUGCUCAAAGCAUGUUUGCGAUGCUCAUGGCCACAGACCAAGUCCAGUCGCCGUCUCUCUCUCGUCCAAUCCCAGGGGAGGCAGAUUCUCAGCGGUCUCUCUGCAGAAGACCACAGGGCUCUACUACACAUGAUCAAAAGGGCAAUCCUCGCAACUGACCUGACCGUCUACAUGAAGAAAAGAAAAGAGUUCUAUUCUCUCUCGCCAAGAAACGCAGAGUGAGCUGGAAGAGUAAGAAGCAAAGAGAUUUACUGAGUGAGCAGCCUCAGCCUCUGGGUGGCGGUGGUGCGCUUUAAGUGUGUGCAGUUUGCUGCCGGUUCCGACCCGCAGAAGAAGACGCCGACAGAGAGACAAGAGGAAGGAAAAUGACAGGGCGCGCAAAAAGAAAACCCAAAUCCACUCAGGAGUCGGGUACAGGCAAUGGGGAGUUGAAGAAAGUCCGUACUGAUGAAUCCAAAGCCGUGCCAGAGGUGGAUUCAGAGCACCGAGAUGAGAUGGUGCAGCUGUACAAGCUUCAAAUGCCAGAAGAUCUGUAUCACUUCUGGGACUUCUGCAAGGAGCUUUGUCCUGACAGCCCCCGUGGUGCACUGAAAGACACACUGGGUUUGCAGCUGGUUGGUCCCUUUGACAUCCUGGCAGGAGCCCACAAAAACUCCAAGAACCCUCAGCCUAACUUCCACCUUCACUGGAGGUAUUUAUACGACCCGCCAGAGUUUCAGACCAUCCUUCUGGGGAGUGAAGACAGUCAGCAUCACAUCGGCUACUACAGAGACACUCCAGACUCUCUCCCUUCGUUUGUUGGCGAAAAUGAAGCCAAGAAAGGCUGCAAGAUCACACAGAUGGGGGACAACGUGUUUGCUGCUGUCCUCCUGUAUCUGUUGAAGCGGAGGAAAGAGAGGGGAAGCAAGAAAGCUGGGGGAGAUGCUUUUGAAAGCUUGGAGGCCCAGCUGAGAGACCGGGCAGAGACUCUGGGCUUGUCUCUAGAGCAGAAGACCAAAGGCAUGAAGCUGAGGGACAAGAAGGUGGUCACCAAGACAUUCCACGGUGCCGGCAUCGUUGUACCUGUAGACAAGAAUGAUGUAGGAUACAGAGAACUACCAGAAACAGAUGCUGAUCUCAAGAAGAUCCUCAAGGCAAUUGCUGAAGCCCGGAGUGAUGAAGAGCGCGUCAAAGCCUUCGGACCUCUCCAGGAGAUGGUCACGUUUGUUCAGUUUGCCAACGAUGAGUGUGACUACGGCAUGGGAUAUGAGCUAGGAUUGGACCUCUUCUGUUACGGAUCCCAUUAUUUCCACAAGGUUAUCAGACAACUUCUGCCCAUGGCCUACAGCCUCCUGAAAAGGAAUUUGUUUGGGGAAAUUGUGGAGGCCCACCUCUCCAGCCGCAGCAACGACAACCUGGACCAACUCUCCUCCGCACAUUAAAAAAAGACUCAGAAGUACAGGCCAG